GGUGAAACACAGUUUGAUGUUCCAAAACGAUGUUAGUGCGAAAAAUUUAAACAUUUAUGUUUUAAAUAUUAAAAACUAACUAAGCUCUAAAAAUGACUGCAGAUGAAAACGUUCCCGUUAAACUUGUCGCCCCUACUGUAGAACAAAUUAAUGCGGAUCAUAUAACACAGCUAGCUGAUAAAUACUGGGCCCCACAUACUCUUGAUAAUCAUGUUGAUUUCAAUCCGAAUGUUAUUGAAGAUAUUUACCUGCAAGAUAUCCGCGGAAGCAAUUUUUCUGUACGUCGUAUCAUGGUAUUGGAAUUUAGUCAAUACUUAGAAAACUAUUUAUGGCCAAAUUAUAAGCCAGGGUCAUCGCCAGCUCACAUAAUGUCAAUUGUAAUUAUGUUAAAUGAAAAGUUUCGUGAACGAGUCCAAGCAUGGCAACCGUUUAAGAAAAACACCCAAUAUUUUCCAAAUUUUUUUCAACAAGUUAUGAAAUUUUGUUUAGAAGAUGAUGAAUUAUUAAUUACGAUUAAAGAGCAAACAGCGCUUUUGGUUUUUUUGAACCAUUGUUUCAACAGUAUGGAAGAAUCAAUUUGUAGAGAUCAAGUUAAAAAAUUGGUUUCGUUAUCAAUGUGGAUGUCUUUACAACCUGAUCGCCGCGAGUAUGAAUUUAAGUUGUGUCCAAAGUGGAAAAAGUACUGGCGGGCAAUUCAAAAGAAAGAUAAACCCGAUCAAAUUGAGCAAUUAACAUGGGAAAGAUUAUUUUUGCAUAAAUUAAUGUUAAAAUUUAUUAAUGUUUUGGAGAGUAUCCCAUUAGAAGGGAAUAUUGGCCCUGAUAAGGUUCAUUAUUGCGAAAGAUUUUUGGAAUUAGUAACUGAUUUAGAAGCGCUUUUACCAACAAGAAGAUUUUUUAAUACCGUUUUGGACGAUUGCCACUUGGUGGUGCGUUGUCAAUUAUCCAAUUUGGUUCAUAGAGAUGAAGGACAUUUAUUUAGACAGCUACUCGAUAUGUUGAAAUUUUACUCAAGAUUUGAAAUAAGUGAUGAAACUGGUGAUCCUCUAACCGACCAUGACAUGACAAUGCAACACUAUUCGAGGAUAACAUCAUUACAGAAAGCAGUUUUUGCAAAAUUUCCAGAGUUACGAAACUUUGCUCUGGCAAACGUAGCCAGUGUUCAUAAACGUGAAAAUUUAUUAAAACAUUUCAGUUCAUUAAGUGAAGAAAAUUUAAGAGCAAUUGCGACUUAUUUACAUUUGGUACCAUCUAAAGAACAACAAAAUGAUUAUUCUUGGUGCAGACUCGAUACGGAAUUUUUACGAGAGCUUUUGGUUUCUAGGCACGAAAAACGAGCUUCACAACUUGAAACUUUAAACGAAAUGCCUUUAUAUCCGACAGAAGAUAUAAUUUGGGACGAGAACAUUGUACCGACAGCUUAUUUUUCAGGCGAGGGUUGUUUAGCUUUACCUAAACUUAAUCUACAAUUUCUAACAUUACACGAUUAUCUUUUAAGAAACUUUAAUUUAUUCCGUUUAGAAUCAACAUAUGAAAUAAGACAAGACAUUGAAGACGCAGUAAGUCGUUUAUGUCCGUGGAAAUCCGAAGAUGGUUCUAUUUAUUGGGGUGGUUGGGCAAGAAUGGCUCAGCCAAUUUUAAAUUUUGCUGUCGUCGAAGUUGCCAAACCGAAUAUCGGUGAAAAAAGACCUUCGAGAGUUCGUGCUGACGUUACAGUGAAUUUGGCUGUUCGACCGGAAAUUAAAGCCGAAUGGGAAAAUUUGAGAAAACACGACGUUUGUUUUUUGAUCAGUGUAAAACCGCCAAAUCCAAUCGGAACUAAAUAUAAUUAUAAGGAAUCUUUUAUACCACAAGUUGGUCUUCAUUGCGUUCGGGGAUGCGAAGUUGAAGGGAUGUUAGAUAGUAAUGGGAGGGUUAUUGAAGAUAGUCCCGAACCUAGGCCUGUUUUACCAGGCGAUCAAAGAACUUACAGGGUUUGGUUAGAUAGUAAUCAAUAUUUUAUUGAUAUGGAUCAUACCGAAGAGGGAAUUGAAGAUAUUUACGGAAGUUUUAGUAUUUUAUUAAGAAGAAAACCGAAAGAAAACAAUUUUAAAGCUGUUCUUGAAACUAUAAGGGAAUUAAUGAACACUGAAUGCGUUGUCCCCGACUGGUUACAUGACAUCAUUCUCGGUUAUGGAGAUCCAAGCGCCGCUAAUUAUAAAAAUAUGGCCAAUCAAAUCGAAACUAUGGAUUUUAAUGACAGUUUUAUCGAUAUGGAUCAUUUAAGAUCGUGUUUUCCCGAUUAUGAAAUUAAAGUUAAAACGGACAAUCCUCAAAAAUUAAUUAGACCUUUUAAAUUGACUUUUGAAGAUUUAGGAGAAGAUAAAGAAAAAAAUAAUAAAAAAAUUAUUGUUGAACCUCACAUAAUACCAAGUCGUGGACCUUAUUUAUUCAACGAACCCAAAAGAAAUACAAUUGCUUUUACUCCUACUCAAAUUGAAGCUAUUAAAUCCGGUAUGCAACCUGGUUUAACAUUAGUUGUUGGUCCACCAGGAACUGGAAAAACCGAUGUAGCUGUUCAAAUAAUUUCAAAUUUAUACCAUAAUUUCCCAAACCAACGUACUUUAAUAGUAACACAUUCCAAUCAAGCUUUAAAUCAACUUUUCGAAAAGAUCGUUGCAUUGGAUAUAGACGAGAGACAUUUGCUUCGUUUGGGUCACGGUGAAGAAGCAUUAGAAACGGAAAAAGAUUUCAGUCGAUACGGACGCGUUAAUUACGUUUUAGCAAAACGUUUAGAUUUAUUAAUGGAAGUGCAAAGAUUACAAGAAUCUUUGGAUGUUAAAGGGGACGUUGCAUACACGUGCGAAACUGCGGGACAUUUUUAUUUGUACCAAGUAUUAUCAAGAUGGGAACAUUUCGAGAGUGUUGUUAAAUCGAAAAAUUCCUCAAAAGAAAUUUCUUUGGAAACGUUACAUCAAGAAUUUCCAUUUACUAAGUUUUUCCAAAACGCACCUCAACCGCUUUUUAAAGGGAAAUCUUUCGACGAUGAUUUAUCGAUCGCCGAAAGUUGUUUUCGAUAUGUUAAACAUAUUUUUGAUGAACUUGAAGAAUUUAGAGCUUUUGAAUUGUUACGCUCCGGGUUGGAUCGAUCUAAAUAUCUUUUAGUGAAAGAAGCGAAAAUAAUCGCAAUGACUUGUACUCACGCGGCUUUGAAACGAAAAGAAUUAGUGGAUAUCGGGUUUAAAUACGAUAAUAUCUUAAUGGAAGAGUCGGCUCAAAUUUUAGAAAUCGAAACUUUUAUUCCUCUGUUGCUACAAAACCCGCAGGACGGUUUUAAUCGAUUAAAACGAUGGAUUAUGAUCGGAGAUCAUCAUCAAUUACCACCUGUUAUUAAAAAUAUGGCUUUCCAGAAAUACUCUAAUAUGGAACAAAGCUUAUUUACACGACUAGUACGGUUGGGUGUGCCAACUGUUGAUUUGGAUGGUCAAGGAAGGUCACGUCCAAGUAUUUGUAAUUUAUAUAACUGGAGAUAUAAAAACCUAGGAAAUUUAUCUCACGUUCAAAAUUGGAGAGAGUAUCAACAAGCAAAUGCCGGUUUUUGUUAUGAUUUUCAAUUGAUCGACGUACAAGAUUUCAACAAUGUUGGCGAAUCAGAGCCGUCGCCAUAUUUUUACCAAAAUCUAGCCGAAGCGGAAUACUGCGUUGCGGUUUUUAUGUUUAUGCGCUUAAUUGGUUACCCCGCUAAUAAAAUCUCAAUUCUCACUACGUAUAACGGACAGAAGCACUUAAUUCGAGAUGUGAUUAAUACCAGAUGCGCGGAAAAUCCAUUAAUUGGAAGACCACACAAAGUAACUACUGUUGAUAAAUAUCAAGGACAGCAAAAUGACUAUAUUUUAUUGUCGUUGGUAAGAACAAAAGCCGUCGGUCAUUUAAGAGAUGUUAGACGUUUGGUUGUUGCUAUGUCUCGAGCUCGAUUGGGUUUAUAUGUUUUUGCCAGAACCUCAUUAUUUAGAAAUUGUUUCGAAUUAACACCAGCAUUUCAAAUUUUAAUGUCAAGGCCAUUAUGUCUAGAGUUGGUUUUAAAUGAAAUGUAUCCAAGUGGAAGAUUUAAUAAUGUUAUACCAACAUCGAACAUAAUUAAAAUUCAAGAUAUGACUCAAAUGGCCAAUUUUGUUUAUAAUUACUAUAUGGAAAAAGUAAAGGUGAUGAAAGAUUAUUACCACACUCAGAAGAAAUGGGAGAAACCUGGUGAUUGCCAAAUAAAAGGGCACGAAGGUUUGAUUUCGUCUCAUCCAGGCGAAGAUCGCGAUACGGAUAGUGAGGAUGAAGAUGGUGAUAAAAGCCAAGCGCCAAUUCCUAUCGUUGAAGAACCUGUGGAGGAAGAAGAGGCGAAUAAACCGGAAGAGGAACAAGUUGAAGCGAUGAAGGAAAACGAUGAAAAGUGUGAAAAAUGAUUUUAAAACAUGUGUCAAAUGUGUUAUAAUAUUUCUGACAAAUAAAAAGUCUAAAAUCUAGUUUCCA